AUGAUAACUUCUAUUACGCCUUUUCUUCUCGUUUUCUUUGCCCACGCAGCUCUGUCCGCUUUCACCAAGACCGCUAGGUCAGGACAGGAUUAUGUCGAGCCCAAUACUGCGGGAACUUGGUGCUAUUACCCGGGCACCAAUUCCAAGAUCGACGUCGCAUGUGUUGGGAACAAGGCAGAGUUUGCGCCAGUCAUCGACGCGCACAUUUCGCAAGGGGUUUCGAUCAGCUACUACGGCGCAGACCACCAGCGUCUGGGAGGCGCUGAGUACCCUGUCAAAACCACAGCGGGCAAGGUGUACCUUUGUCUGAGUGGUCGCGCUGGGGAUGGGACGUACAAGACGGAGUGCGAAAUCUCCACGGCUGAUAAUCAAUUUGGGCUUCUGUCGCGGUGCGCAUUGGCAGUGUCGCAGAAAACGGUGACGGAUGGAUGUUACGUUUCUGGAGUUGCACCAACCCCUGCGAAUGCCACUUCCAGUGCAACUGGGACUAGACCCGCUGAAUCGGCGGGUUCAACAAGUUCUGGAACUGCGUCAACACUCAACUCUGCUUCAGCAACCCACAAGAGCUAUGCUCUUGGGCUUGGCCUGACGACCCUCGUCUUCGUUUUUCUGUUCGUGAAUUAG